CACGAAUCAAGUGACGCGCGGGGUCUGCUCUGCGUGAAACCCGGCAACGGGAGCGAGCGAGCGAGCAGGAGAUGGAAUGGUGGAGAAGGGAGCGGAGAGCAGUUCAGUCACAACGGGUUGUAGUCGUAGUUGACUUGACUUGCACUCGGCUGGGCCCUCUCACAACGUCACCAGUGACGCUUGCUUUGCUUGCGCCAUCCAUCUUCCUUCCCCUUCUUACACGUCGACCACAUCUCGAGCUUCCUGAAGCCGGCCACUCAUCGCGACGCCGCCCGAACGAACCCUUGACCUGAAACAGGCCAGGCAGCAUCUCUCCCCAUCCUCAUCCCCAUCAUGUCAUCCGAUACGCCCCCAACGGCUCUGCCCAGCAGCCGGGCAGACGAAUCAGCAGCAACGACGAGUUCGAGCGCCAGCGCGACUGGCAUCGGACAAGCGGGCUCCGCCACGAGUCAUGGCGAUCCGGAGUGGAUGUGGUGCCACGAGUGUAGAAUGGAGAUCAGACCUUUGAGGACGCCUCAUCCCGCUUGUCCCAGGUGCAACGGCGGCUUCAUCGAAGAGAUUGUUGGAGAUCCAUCCGCAGACGAUGUUACCUUUCCAGAUCCUCACGCGCAGGAAAACAUCGAUGCACCUUGGCUUUUGCGCGGUCCCGGCGGUACGGAACAGUUGAUAGGAGGUGGUUCGAGGGGCACAUUACCGGGUGCGGGUGCGGGUGCGGGUGCGGAGGCAGGCAUGGGAGGAUGGAGUGGGUUGAUCGGUCAGCUGUUAGGUGCGGCUACAGGCGCGAACAAUCCUCCCAGCCUACAGCCAGACCGCGCGGCUCGAGAUGAUCGCAGUGGCGGGAAUGGCAGCCAGGGGAGGGAGGGAAAUAAUGGGAGCAGCAGCAGCAGCAGCAGCAGCUCCUUUAACUUUUCAUGGUCCAUUCAGACACCUUCUGGUCUCAGACAGGGCUCAUCUUCCACUCAGCCCAGGCCGCAGAGGACAAGUGCAGCGAAUGACACCGAUCAGCCUCAAACAUUGGCAGACUUGAUGCGCUCUUUUGCUGAUUCGCCCUCAGAGGGCAAUGCGGAUCCUUGGACGAUGGAGACCACGCCAUCCAGACCUGCGGAUGCCGAUCCGGACGAUGAAUUGCCAUUCGACGAUGGCAUGGGUGGCUUCGGAGCAGCUGCUGACGGGAGACGAUUCAAUCACGACAAUCGAGGCCGGCCAAAUAAUGCAGCAGGCCAAGAAGACGACACCUCUGCUGGUGCACCCCCAGAAUUGGCAGCUCUUCGACACGUCUUUAGCAACAUUCUGGGUCCUGGAAUGGGCGGAGGUAUUGCGGAUCUGCUGACUGGCGCACUGGGGGGUAAUGGGAGAGCGGGGGAUUACGUCUUUGGACAAGGAGGUUUGGACAAUGUCAUCACCGAGCUCAUGAACCAGACGCAAGGCAUGGGCCAAAGUUCCGCUCCACCUGCCGCAAAUGAAGAGCAGAUCGCAAAGCUGGCCAGGUUCAAGAGGCACGAGCUGGCUUGGAAAGCCAAAGCCCGCAAUGUCGAGUGUCCCACUUGUAUGGACGACUUUAUGCCCACUACAGACGCAGAGGCCUCACGAGCUGACGAGCCCGACGCGCAAGCAGGUCAUGCUAGCGGGAAGGCCAAAGCGGAAGGGACGCAACUUUCACAAGAUGAUGACCCGCCGGACAUGACGCCUACUGACUCUGAUGCGCAGGAAGAGGAGCUGGUGAUGAUGCCAUGUAGGCACCUCUACCACUCCUCCUGCCUCCUUCCCUGGCUAGCAAAGUCGGGCACUUGUCCAGUCUGCCGCAUCAGCAUCACGGGCGAGACGAGCCCCUCGGCAUCGGGCGAAGCGGCAGCAGCGACGUCCACUGCGUCUGAUGCUACUUCAUCUGUAGCUUCAGCGUCUAGAGCUGCUCAUGAUGGGCUAGGAGUGCAAGGCGAUGAUACGGACGAGGAGGUGGAGCAAGAUACGCCGGAGCGCAGAAGAGAACGUAUGAGGACUGCUGCCGAGCGCAGAGCUAGGGGAGAGACUGUCGCUCCAGGUCGCACAACGGGCAGCGAGAGCACCAGCAGACGGAUGCCUGGCUCUUUAGAGCUGGACGAUCUAGACUGAACCAUGUUGCGCUCGUCGAAAUGAUACCGCAACAAUGCUUCAGAUGGCGAGACUAUCAAGCUUCGCUAUUGAAUGUUUGUGUAAUAUACAGGCUACUAGUGAACGCAAAUGAAAGCCAAGCUCAACUACUCUACUUG